UGAGGAAGUGACUAGAUGAGAUCAACAAAAACAGAUUGGCAGGAUGACUAGAAUAGACUGAUGAGCUGCUGCUUAUCACCGUUAUACAGUACCGUAGCAUCAUGCUAAGCUAAUUCAGGCUAUAUUACAUUAUAAUUUCGGCUAUAUUACACCAAAUAUUAGUUAUAUUAGGUAUAACGACCGAGGCUGCUACAGACUGGUAUGGUAAGUCUAUCUGAGGAAAGGGUGAGGAUAUCCACAUCCUAAACUGGAGAAUACCCGUGCUGGGCUAAAUAGUGAGAUAAAGGAAUGAGAGGCAAGCACACAUAGCACUGCUACUUCCCAGCUCUUCAUUCCUGCAUCCAAAUGAUCAACAAGGCUCUCUGACCAGACAUGGGGAACGUCAGGACCAGCCCAGUCUCUAUGCCAGAGAAUGGAGAUGACACCAACACCAGCUCUGAUCCCUUUCUGAGAAACAACGAUACCCUGAGAGUCCUGUCUGACUACACCUCUGCAGACGUCAGUGAAACCCUGGUCGUCUUGUCUGACUACCCCUCAGCAGACGUCAGCGUGCCUCUCUUCAGGAUAGGAGAGAGACUGAGACUCCUGGCAGAGGAGGGUUACUGGUGGAGGGUUUGUUCUGUCCAAACAGGAUAUGAGAACUACAUCCCCAACAACCAUGUGGCCAAGGUCUAUCACGGCUGGUUGUUUGAAGGGGUGGCCCGACCCAAAGCAGAGGAACUGCUUCGUCUGCCCGGAAACAGAGCUGGCUCCUUCAUGAUCAGAGAAAGUCAAAAAGGAGUGUAUACCCUGUCUGUACGGCACAGGGUUAUGGUACACUAUCGUAUUAUCCGCCUUCCCAACAACUGGUACUACAUCUCUCCUGGUCUAACCUUCCAGUGUCUCGAGGACCUCGUCAACCACUACUCUGAUUGUGCAGACGGCCUGUGCUGUAUUCUCACCAUCCCCUGUCAGGCUGUAACCAAUGGUAACCUCAACCUGGCUUCGCAGACACCCCCUGUGGUGAUGCACAACAACUUCGACUGGAAAGACGUCAACAGCUCGGAGCUGACAGACCAGCCUCAUCGUUACCCCGGCAACAGAGACUCUAUGAUCAGCUUUGGCUUGCGGAACACAGUCUCCUCCUACAUGUCUCUGGGGGACACGAGGAAGGAGAGGAAGAGCAGCAGCUGGAGGAGGAAUAAGAGGAGGAGUGUGUGUGUACCUCCCGGUAACGGUCACGGACUCAGCACUACAGCACUGGAAGAGGAAGAGGAGGGGGAGUACGCACAAGCCAUCCUCCUGAACUCUUAAGACUGGAUAUGGGCUUAAAUGUAGAGGACAUAUCCUGCUGUAUAGAGAGGACAUAUCCUGCUGUAUAGAGAGGACAUGUCCUGCUGUAUAGAGAGGACAUAUCGUGCUGUGUAGAGAGGACAUGUCCUGAUGUGUAGAGAGGACAUGUCCUGCUGUAUAGAGAGGACAUAUCGUGCUGUGUAGAGAGGACAUAAUCCUGCUGUAUAGAGAG